UGCAGGUCACCAUGCUUUUUAAAAAUAUUGUAAAUAACUAAAGUUUUUUUCAUUUUCUAUCUUAAAUAGAUAAGGAAUACGGUGUAAGUAAAUACAGUUCAGCAAUGGCAAGACAAAGGAAACGAUUCAAUCAGAAGGCAAGGCAAAAAACAGACGUAAAAGUUGAUCAUUCAGAAGAUAAAAAGCUCCAAUCUCUUGUUGAUGGACAUAGCAGAGAAGGAUACGAUGAAAGUAACCUACUGGUGCUGCCCUCUAGGAAACGCAAGACUAAAACAUUAGCUCAAGAUCAACAUGUUCCUCAAAAAUUGAGUAAAAAACAGCGGAAAAAUCUACAGAGAAUCAUUGAUAAAAAAGCUAAAAAGUCAAAGAGGGUUGAAAUACUAGAGUCUCUGCAGAAGGUCCAAGCCAACCCCAAGGAACUCUCGAUGCUCAUUUCCACAUCAGAAGUGACCAGUCAGAGAUUCAAAGCAACGUUGGAUAUCGAACAAUCUUCAACAGGCCAGAUAAAGGUCAACUCAAUAAGUGGUAGUAAUAAAAAGAAAAGAAAGUUGGAAGAAGAUAUUGAGAUAAAGGAUAGUAGUGAAAGCAGCACUGAUACUUCAGAUUACUCUUCGGAUGAUGACGUAGAUGAUGAAACCACAAAGGGCAAUAUUGAUGCCGUACAAAAUCCAGAUGAUGCCAAAAACAAUGAUAACAAAUCAGAUAGAACUGAAGACAUUGAAUGUAAGUCAUCUGCAAAUAAAACACCAUUACCAUCAGUGAGUCCUACUAAAACUAAAGUGAAUAACUCAAAUGAACACAGUGCAAUAGGAGAAAAACAUGAUAAGACAACUGGUAAAGUGACAGAAGCAGCAAAGGAGAAGGCUCCAGUGAGAUCUGUUAUAAAUGUUCCAGUUAACAGAACAUCUGAAAUACAGGAAAGCCGCCUUAAACUGCCCAUAUUAGGAGAAGAGCAGCAUGUAAUGGAGACUAUUUCUGAACACCCUGUAGUCAUUCUAUGUGGUGCAACUGGGUCUGGUAAAACAACACAAGUUCCACAGUUUCUAUAUGAAGCUGGAUAUGCUCAUGAUGUUGGGAUGAUUGGAAUCACAGAGCCAAGGAGGGUGGCAGCUAUUAGUAUGUCAAAGCGGGUCGGCACUGAACUGAAUCUCUCUACACGUGAGGUGUCUUACCAGAUUAGAUACGAAGGGAACACAACUCCAGAUACCAAACUGAAGUUCAUGACUGAUGGAGUUCUCCUGAAAGAAGUCCAGAAAGAUUUUCUCCUCAGUAAGUACAGUGUGAUCAUAAUUGACGAGGCUCACGAGCGCAGCAUUUACACAGACAUUCUCAUUGGUCUACUUUCUAGGAUUGUACCUCUCAGACACAAGAAAGGCUCCCCUCUGAAGCUGGUCAUCAUGUCUGCAACACUGAGAGUGGAGGAUUUUACUGAGAACUCUCGCCUCUUUAAGAUAAAACCACCAGUUAUAGAGAUUGAGUCCAGGCAGUUUCCAGUGACUAUGCAUUUUAACAAACACACCCCCCAAGAAAAUGCCUACCUAAAUGAGGCCUACAGAAAGGUCUGUAAAAUACACCGGUCCUUACCAGAGGGAGGGAUACUAGUUUUUGUAACAGGCCAGCAAGAAGUGAACACAUUGUGCCGGAAAAUACGUGAAACGUUUAAGAGCAAGUUGUCUGACACAAAAAAUAAAGCUGUCAAGGAAGAUGACAAAGAAUCUAGUCAGAUGAAGACAAAAAUUCCCAGGGUGCAACUUGAUGAUUAUUCUGUUCUCCCUGAAGAUGAUGAGUUAUCGGAGCAAGAUGGUGCUCAUGGUAACAACCAAUCAGAUGAAGAGCUCUCAGAGCCUGAUGACGAUGAUACUUUUGAUGAUGUCUCUAGAGAGCCAGGUGACUCACAGAACCCGAUCUAUGUUCUUCCUCUCUACUCCAUGUUACCAACACAUAAACAAGCCAAGGUGUUUGAGGCGCCCCCUGCUGGCCAUAGACUAGUAGUUGUUGCUACAAAUGUGGCAGAAACAUCACUCACAAUACCGAACAUUAAAUAUGUGGUUGACACUGGAAAGGUGAAGACGAAGUUCUAUGAUAAAGUGACAGGAGUGUCCUCCUUUAAGAUCACAUGGACAUCUAAGGCAUCAGCCAAUCAGAGGGCAGGAAGAGCUGGUCGAACAGGUCCGGGUCACUGCUACAGGUUGUAUUCUUCAGCUGUAUUCAAUGAUGAAUUUGAACUGUUCUCUUCCCCAGAGAUCACUAGACGUCCAGUAGAUGACCUUCUGCUCCUAAUGAAGGACCUCAAUAUUGAUAAAGUGGUGAAUUUCCCAUUUCCUAGCCCUCCAGAUAGACUAGCUUUGAAGGCUGCUGAAAAACUACUGCUAUCACUAGGGGCCUUGGAGCCCCCUGCUAAACCUCAAAAACCCACACGAAAAUCCCAGAGAGCUGAAAUGGACAAUCCUAGUGCAAGAAUAUCUCCUUUAGGGCGUGCCAUGGCAUGUUUCCCAGUGGCUCCUCGAUAUGGCAAGAUGCUAUCUCUUGGCCAUCAACACAACCUUCUGCCCUAUGUGAUAGCCCUAGUGGCUGCCCUGUCUGUGCAAGAACUUUUUGUGGAGAUAGGAGAGCCACCUAUUGAUGAAACUGAGAAGCAAGCUUGGAAGAAUCGGGUUGGAAAAAUGGUCAUGUUGAAGAAGACAUGGGCUGGGCAGGGCCAAAGUGCAUUGCUAGGGGACCUGAUGGUGCUUUUGAAGGCAGUAGGAGCAUGUGAAUACGCUGGCUGCUCCACAGACUUCUGCUUCCAACAUGGCAUAAGGCAUAAAGCAAUGAUUGAAAUACGUAAACUCCGAUCUCAGCUCACCAAUGCAGUAAACUCAGUUCUACCAGCAGCUAAUGUUAUCAUGGAUCCAAAGAUGGCGCCCCCUAGUGAACUACAGGCGAAGCUUUUACGUCAAAUAAUCCUGACAGGCCUUUCGGAUCACAUUGCAAGGAAACUUCAGGAACCAAGUACUGGAACAAAUGAAGAAAAGAAAAAGUUAAAGAUGGCAUAUCAGAGUAUACACCUAGAAGAGCCUGUCUAUAUACAUCCAAAUUCUGUGCUAUACAAACAAAACCAUGAAUAUGUCGUCUUCCAAGACAUCACUGAAACAUCGAAACUCUACAUGAGAGGUGUUUCCGUGAUAGAGGCAGAGUGGCUGCCAGUGUUUGUGCCCCAUGGUUGUACAUUUUCUAAACCCCUUGACUCACCCCCACCUAGAUACGAUAGUUCAUCAGGGAAUGUUCUCGCACACAUGACGAGUACAUUUGGGGUCCGUUGUUGGGAAAUCCCUGCAGUGGAGCUGGAGUACCCAGAGUGCAUAGACCGUGUCAAGUAUUUCGCUAGGUUCCUUUUAGAGGGACUUGUAUGUCCUAAGCUGAAGCCCUUCAGAGAGGAUCUGCUGUCUGCGCCUGCCACCAUGAAUAAGUCAUGGACCAAAUUGCAGCCUCGUACAGAGAGUCUACUGAAAGAAUUAUUAACAGAACAAGUUGACUGUAAAACUAAACUGUUAAAGAUCUGGGAAAGUCAACCUACAUAUUUAUUAUCUGCCUACAUGCAGUGGAUCCCACAAUCUCGGCAUUUAGAACUAGAAGCCAUGUGGCCACCAUUAUAGAACUGACAGUGUUGCUAUGGCAACACAGUUAUGCACAGAUCCCGCAAUCUCGGCACUUAGAACUAGAAGCCUUGUGGCCACCAUUAUAUGACUGACAGUGUCACUAUGGCAACA